GGAGGCAUGUACGUGUUCACAAUUUUGGACACAUUUGCUGCCGGAACUUCUAUCGUCUUCAUCGUGCUGUGUGAGGUGGUUGCUGUCUCCUGGUUUUACGGAAUGCCUCAGUUCUGUGCUGACGUAGAGAAGAUGACAGGCGAGAAACCCAACCUUUACUGGAGAAUCUGCUGGAAGUUUAUCUGUCCGCUGCUGCUCAUUGUAA